UAUUAGGAUGAAGUAGAGGCUGUUCCAGUCCCAAAUUCGAGGUUUUGCAUAUCAUAUCUGAUUGUUGCAACUUGGAAGUACCUUCGCCAACUUUCCUGCUGAAAGCUUUGCAACGUCUGUGACCAGUGCAGGAAGUUGCGUUUCGUUGGUGAACAAAUAAAGAAUGAUCCACAAUGGGUAUUAGUCGAGUCCAUUUUGUCAGCAUUAAGCAGGGUCUUAUGCAGGGGAUUCUGUUCAGAUAUUUUAUACUCUUGGUUGGACAAAUCUUUUAUAUUUCUGCUGUUUCUGAACUGCUGUUCAUUACUCAUUUUUAUUUCAUCUUUUGUAGUCUCAAUGAAGGUCUGUCAGCACAGAGAGAUUAAUAACUUAUCCUGAGAAGAAAAGAGAGAUUAUAGUUACAGAGUUAUCCCUGCUUUACAAGGAGGAGAUGCACUGUACACACUGGAGAAGAAGAAACGGAAGGUUCACUUGGUGAUGAUACACACCAAAUUGCCUGAUAUGUGCGCCUUUGAGCUUGCACAAAUCCUAGAAAGCAGAUUCAAGAUGCCCGUUGUCAUGAUAUGUGAUACUUAUCCUGAGUCUGCCAUGCUAAGAAGUGUUUCAAAAGGAGCAAUGUACUGUCUUUCGAUGCCAUUGUGUAUGGAGGACAUUGCAAACCUUUGGCAACACCCCGUAAUAAAGAAAAAAUAUUACAUGGGAGAAACCCGUUUAUCCUCAAUAUCAGGUAACAGUUCACAGAGCUGGAAUGAGGGCUUCACUUGGACACCAUAUAUAAACUGCAAAUUUCUUGAUAUUGUUUGGAAUUUUGGAAUUUAUGAUGUUGCUCCCUCAGAGGUUCUUCGCCUUAUUGAUGCGCCUGGGCUCACUAUAAGAUGUGUUAUUGAUAAGCUGGAGGAAUUCCGCACAUACCUAAGAAGGCAGCAGGAGUUGCAGUUAAAUUCAAUACCCAUCAUUGCUCACAUGCCACCUCAUAUAGCCAACCACUUGAUGGACGAUGAUGAUGAUGAUAUCUAUUCAAUCCCUGCAAUGGCAUAUGCCCUUCAACAACCUGCCCCUUUAAUAGAAUACUUGGAGGGUGCUGACAGUGAGGAUGAACUGGACAGUGAUCUGUUCAAAUGGCCGAUUACAGCUGAAGAUUAUGCUAAUUUACCCGGACUUGAGGAAAUGCAGAUGGAACAGGCAUUGAUAAGAUUAUUCCCGCAUUUUUCCAUGCUUUUGCCGAGUAUGUUCCAGCUGCCUCCACCACCUCCAGUGCCUCGAGCAAAUACCGUGCAAAUGUUCUUUCAAUCUGUUAAUGAGGAUCCUCCACUGAACAUGGCACCACCUGUGCCUGGCCGAGGAGAGGAUGAUAGGAAGCAUGGAGAUCAAGCUCAAAGCCAGCCUGCAUGGUUCACAUCACCGGGGCAAUCUCCCUAUCCACCGGCAUCAUCCGAGAUGUAGGGAAAUUGUGAUCUGUGAGUUCUUUCCGAGAUGAAAUUUUCAAUAAAAGGCCUUUCAAUGCUCUAGAUUAAGCAUUGGAGCCUCCCCCCCCCCCUUUAAAUUGAAAUUGCAAGGUCAAAUGCCCAUGUCACCAUGUCAGACAAUUAGUUAUGGGUUUAUUUCUGUUGUAGGAAGUUUGUCUGAACUGUGAAGGGUUUUACUUAUUGCUUUCUAGUUCUGCUUUACUUUUGCUAUAAAAACUAUGGUUUAUCCACAAAAGUAUUAACGCAUCCAUUUAUGGGGUUUAUUGGUUA